UCCAUGUUCUUCAAGCGCCAAUGGUAGACGCGCCUUUAGCGCAACGAGACUGAUCAAGUGGUCAAUGUGUAGAAAGCAAGACGACGAUUUGAGACGAGUCAUCAGACCGCAUGCUCUGGAGUGCGCUGAUUCCGGACUCCUGCACACCUCUGCGUGAGGCCAUGCACAGUCGGAAGCAGACGAUUGAGUUGGGAAAAAUCGCGCAACGCGAGGCAACAAACAGACAGGGGUCCAAGCGGAUAGGCUUCUUAUUCGCUCAACGCACCGCCAGGUAGGUGAGGGAUGCUACGCGGCUGUAGUGGUUGAGAGAAUAGACGGCGGCCUGCUGGGUGAGAUACUUAAACCGGGAAGAGUCCUGCUACUGCCUUCAUCGUAGCCAACACACUGUCAAAUUUAACCAGAUGGUCACGCCCACCACGCUGCUCAGCUUCCUGACUGUUGCAGGCCUCGCAGCAGGACACUUCACCCUGGAUCAGCCACAGACACGCGGGUUUGAUGACGACAGGGAGGCAGCCGGUCCCUGCGGUGGAUUCAGUGCCAUUGAAAACCGUACUCCAUUCAGCAUCAGGGGUGGCAGCUACCAAAUUGGCAGCCACCACGCAUCGGCCACUGUUCAGCUUCGCUUCUCUACCGAUGGCCAGGAUUUUACAGGGGAAGCUGUUACAUCGUACACCACGACGGGGCUUGGCACCGUCUGCGGGCGAUUGCCUGGCGAGCUCUUUGCCAAUGCUGGUUUUGCAGUCGGCCAGAAUGUCAGUAUGCAGAUACAGUUCCAAUCGACCAAUGAAGCACAUCCCUUGUUCCAGUGUGCUGAUCUGACCCUCGUGGACGAUGCAACAGAGACAGGAUCCUGCAAGACUGGCACCAAUGUCAAGAUCUCGAAUCUGCAAGUCAAUGGAACUUCCUCGCCGGCAGACAUCUCUUUCAGCAGUGCCCCGACUCCGUCUGCCACGCCCAGUGCAUCUGUUCGGACAUCCGACGCUACAGCGGCCUUCUCGAUCACAGCCUUCGUCUUUAGCGCAUCUUUGCUCUCCCUGGCCAUUUAGAUUCUCUUUCAUCAGUAUCAUUAUACAAUUAGUCACGAACGCUACCUUCGCUACCUGCGUCUCCCUGUAUCGUC